CGCCGCCCAUCCCCACGGGCCCGCGCCACCCGGGGCUCGCUCAUGAGGCCUCAGCCGCGCGGGGGAAGGAAGACCCGCGGCUUCUCCCUGGGGCUCCUCGCCUUGUGCCUGGCCGCAGCCCGCAGUCUGCAGAGUCAGGGUGUGUUAUUGUACAUUCCUCAGUCCACCAUCAAUGCCACCGUACAAGAAAACAUCCUGCUCUCUGUUCAGUACUCCUGCCACGGAGUGCCUACCAUUGAAUGGAGGUACACAUCCAAUUGGGCCAUGCAGAAGAUUGUAGAAUGGAAACCAGGGACUCAGGCCAACAUCUCUGAAAGCCACAAAGGCAGAGUCUCCACGUUUGACAAUGGCUCCAUCCAGCUCUCGAGUGUGGGCGUGAGAGAUUCCGGUUACUACGUCAUCACUGUGACAGAGCACCUGGGGAGCAGCCAGUUUGGCACCAUUGCGCUGCAUGUGUCUGAGAUUCACUAUGAAGACCUCCACUUCGUUGCUGUCUUUCUGGCUUUACUUGCUGCUGUGGCUGCAGUGUUAAUCAGCCUCAUGUGGGUUUGUAAUAGGUGUGCAUAUAAAUUCCAGAGGAAGAGGAGACACAAACUCAAAGGUAACCCUCUGGGCCUUGUGAUCCAUCAAUUCCCGGUUUUGAGGUCACAGAAAGCACAACUGAGGAGAUUGAGCUACAGAAUGUUGAGUGUUAGCCAAGGCUGGGCACAAUUACAUUCCUACCUCAAGAGGAAAACAUUUUCCAGCCAAAGGAACAAACACAGCAAAUUUAUUCUACAGCUUCCUGUAGUCCUGCCCUUCAACCCAUCCCUGAUGGGAGAGCCUGAAGGUAACACAGUUGACUGCAUGGAGUUGGAGACCAUAGAUUGGACAAAAUCAGUUCUAGGACUUGCACUGAGUUCAAGGAGAAGAGAGACCAAGACUUUCAACCAGGAACUUUGCUUGGCUGCAGCUUUAGGACACGCUAACCUGUAAACAAUGGCACAGAGCAAACACCGGCUGUUGCUCAUGACACUGGCUCUGGCUCCUGCAUGACCUGCUGGAGGAGGCCCUAUGUCAGGGGCUCCUGAUGCACAGCCAGCACUGGGACACACUCCCUGUGCCUUUGCAUUUCUGUCUGCUCUGCAUACUGCUGUACCCUCCCAACCCCUUUCUUGAGUCCUACCGCCAGUGCUGUGGUAGCUCCUGAGAAAACCUGAGGCAUCCGGACAAUCUGCUGCCUCAGAAUCACCCUUGGGGGUGACGGGAUGCUCAUUGUGUUAAUUUUCUCAGAGGUGAGACCUCAUAGUUUGGAGCUUUAGGGAGAGUAGUUCAAUGUACUCCCGAGGGACUGGGUUUGUAUGCAGGGAAUAAGGACAAUAUCCUUUCUCUCCCUCUCAUGUUUUGAAAUUAGUUUCAUUUUCCCUCUUAUAGCCCAAACUUAGAGCAGUUUGAAAAUGAAGAAAAUGAAGUUCAUGUCCACUAUGGGCAGCCUCUAGCCUCCUGGAAGCGGAGCCUGCAGAGUGGGUGGUACAAAUGGAACCUCAGUAAUCUUGGGCUUCAGAUCUGUCUUUUUCUAUCACCAACACUUCAUGACCCCAGCGAAGCCCUUGCUCUCUCUCCUACUUGGGUUGAGGAACCCUUGGCCAUCACCUACCUCACAGGGAGGGUAACAAGAGAAGCACCUGGUAUGCUUAGAGCAUGCCAAGCAAUUUAAGAAAGCAUGAGAAUGCCUCAAGGAUCUGGAAUGUUAUACUGGAAAAUGCUAUACCAAAUAUUGGAAAUUAAAAUGACCUUAGUUACUGUGGCUCCAGCCAUGUAGAGAUUAGGUUCUGGCUGGGGUUUGUUGGUCACAAUGUUUACCUGGAAAUUUUCCAUCCCAACUUCCAUUUGGCAAGCUCUAAAAUCAAGCAUGAAUUUAUUUUUCCUUCUUUCCUCUCCAAUAUUCAUUGCUACAACCAAAGUUAUCACCCUGAUUAUGAUAGAGAUUUAGGCCAGCACCUAUGUUUCUAGACCUCGACUGCAAAUUCUUAUGUGCAAAGAUGAAAAAGUGCCACAAUAUUACUUUCUUUCUCUUUCCUUUCAGGUCCCCAAUGUCCUUAUCUUUUCGGUUUCCUGUGUGGAAGGUAAAGAGUUAUCUGGAGAAGUUUGUUGAGGUGUUUCCCUAAAUAACAAAGCCAAAGAUACCAGAACUACCAGUAUCUGGAGAAAGGCUCCAAAGGCACUACCAUACUUGAUUCAAAAGGCAAAAGAACAAAGUCUACCCAAGUGACAGGAAUCUCUGGCACCUGACACCCAGAAGAUACCCUCAGGCUAUGUCCUGUGUACACACAUAAAAACAUGCGUACCUGUGCCCCCUCCACAGGGAGCAGCCAGAGGGACCCGGUCCUAUGCAAGACAGUUGGCACAUGUGGUGUGAAGAAUCAGGGCACAGAGUACUUGAGAAAAAGGGAGAGUCAAGGAUGAUUUGGUUCUUUCUCCUCUUUCUCACAGAAAACCCAGCAGCAUAAAAUGGGUUUGGAGCUGGGUAGCUGCUGCAGCACCUGCCUCCUCACCAGAACUCUACCCCUCCAAUUAUUAGCAGCAGGGGUAGCAAGCAUCGGCAUAAAAGAGAUGGCAAAGGACACAGGACCCGCAGGGAGGCCUCCAUGGGAAAAUUCAGAUGCAAAUUAAAUCUCUUCCAAAGAAUCUCAAAGCUAUCAUUUCUUUGGAAGGAGGAUUCUAGAAACUCCUUAACUUUAAAAGCCAUAGGUUGAAGUUUUUCUUUAAAAAAAAAAAAAAAGAAUAUUAAAUCACAGAGAUUGACUAAUACAAAGUUAAGUUGUGUUUCAGCGAUGAAAAAAUUGUUUUACAAAAAUGAAUGAAAUAAAAUAUGAAUAUAAAGCCCUGGUCUCUGUGUGAGCCCAAUCCUGCCAAGAAUUCUUUGGGUGAUGAUUCCACGGGUGCUGAGGAUAUAUAAAAUCCUUAACCCCAGCUAGGGUUUGGCACAUACUUUAAAUGACAAUAGAACUGACCACAUUAGUUCUAAAUGCUUUUUAGCAAUUCAGAAAAACAAUACCUUAUUAAUGCCAUCAUUUUCCUGUAUUAUAGCCAGAAAUCCAGUUUGAAGUUUGUACUUCCAGAAUAUUAGUUGUAUCUCCAUAGGAUCUUUUUUCCUUGUGGAACAGGCUGAAGACUAGGAUGUGACAGCUGUACCAAGUUCAGCAGUAUGUACUGCACAUGCUCUACCCACAGUGUACUCUCGAAGUAUUAUCUAAGAACCCAAGAAGAUACAUGAUGUUCUCUGUCAUUUCGUGGUAUUCUGGGUAUGUAAGCAGAGCUAGAAUAGAGAGCUCAAAUCCUCUGAAGCCCACAAAACAUGGUGAAUACCUUCAUACUUCAGGCUUACUCUGAUUUGAAGCAAUACCACAAAAAGAUGAGGAGCUGGGGCUGGGGGUUUAGCUCAGCGGCAUAAGCGCCUGCCUUGCAAGCAAGCAGUCGUGAGUUCGAUCCCCGGUACCAAUAAAAAGGAAAAAGACAAAACAAACAAAAAAAAGAUGAGGAGCAAAGCAGGGUGAAAUCAGUCCUGUGCAAUGCAGGAAUGCAGAGACCCGGCCUAAGGCAGAAAUGUAACCAUGGGUAGAGAAAAAGAGGCAGGAGAGGGAGCCCAGCUGUGAGCAAGGAUUCUAUCUAAUAUGACAAGAAUAAAACUCAAAUGAAGUCUCUGACAGAAUACCCCUCCCUUUGGCAAGGGCAAGUGUUCUCUUGAGCCCAAUUUUCAGGCAAGCAAGAUACAUCUCUAGUUUAUUGAAAGCUGAGCAAAUUAUGGUUAGCCCCACAUAUAUCAGGCAUCAAUGAAGAACAGGAUUAGGAAAGUGACACCUAACAAAUUAAAUACAAAGGCAGGGAGAAAUAAAUGGGAGAGGUAAGCCAUAGUGCGUGGCUUUAAAAUGUAACAGGAAUAACCCCACUCUUUAUAUUCACGAAAGCACUCAUGAUCUUCUUAUAUAGAACAUUUAGAGAUGGGAAUCCUGGACAUUCUGAAUUGCUUCCUCCAAAUCAUAAACUUGCUAUCUUACCUGUUUUUCCAACUUGUAGUUACUUGACUCUUAGAAUCACAGUUGCUUAAUGUUUUUUAUUUGCAUAGCAAGUGAGAAAUUACCAUUCAUUACCAACCUUAAUAUCCAAAUUUUUGAGGUUAGCUCAGAAGGUGUCUUUGCCCCAUUACAUGUGAGGAAACCGGUUCAGAGGGUGAUCUUGCUGGGCUCAUACAACUGCCUUUUUAGUUACCUAAUCUGUUCAGAUGGAAUUUAAAAUAGAAGAUAGUAUCUGUGCAUGGGACCUCACCCAUUCUAAUCAAAGUAUGGUGAUAUCCAUAAGCUAUUACUGGUUGAUGACAGAAUAAGCAUGGAAGCAAAGCAUUCAGAAAAUUUAAUAUUUGACAGCAGUUUUAUGCAUAUUAAAAUCCAAUAAGGGCUGGGGAUUUAGCUCAGCAGCAUAAGCACCUGCCUGGCAAGGGUGAGGUCAUGAGUUUGAUCCCUGGUACAAAAAAAAAAAAAUUAAAAUCAAAUAAAAGUUGUUUUUACAUCUUAAAAAGAUUUUGGGGAGUGGUACCAAGGGUAGAACAAGGCCUUGGACUGAGCUACUGCCCUUCCCCUCCCUUUUGCAGUGGUAGGGGUUGAACAUGGCAUCGUGCACACCACCAAACUAUAUCCCCAGCCAUUUUUUUUUUUUUUUGAGUCAGGGUUUCACUAAGUUUGUCAGGCUAGCCUUCUUUGUGAUCCUCCUCCUGCCUUACCCUCCUGAAUGACCACAUCUGGUUGAAAUUUUAUUUUUCUAGUAAUUAUAGAUGACAACAACAACAAAAACACACACAUCUCUAAUCCCAUUAUUUGGAGAGGUUGAAGCAGAAAGGUCACGGGUGGGCAAUUUGGUGAGUUUCAAAACAAAGUAUUUUAAAAGUGCUAGAGUUCUUUUAGCUAAGUUGAAUGGUGCUGAAACUGAAACAGAGUGCCACUCCUGGGAAGCAAAUGGGUAAAGGCAGUCUGAUUGUCUGAAAGUCCUUUCUGUCCACUUCAGUGCAUUCAGAGAGCUUCCCUUCAAUGAUGAAUGGGAGUGUGGGGAAUGCAAUUUUGGUGCUAUGGCUGUGCAGCUAUUAUGCCUUUGGAUGUUACUUUAGAACACCUAAAGGAAAUGAACCUUUACUACCUCCUCUGAUGACAUCCCAAUUUGCAGUGUCCUCUCUGCCGUAUUUGGCAAUCGAAGUGGGUAACGACUAGCUUGGGUUUGUUUGGUAAAUGCAAUUUCACAUCUGUCACUCUUGUUACAUUGUGUACAAUCAAAAGCAAGAGACAAAACAGGACAAUUAUUUUCACUUUACUGUUUUUUUUUUUAAUAUCAUUUUUACUUAACUAGCAGUAAAUGCUGGUACUAGUACGGGGUAAUCUCUACUUAACCAUAUCUUGAUGUGCAAAAGGCCUUUCUAAUAUUCUAUAUUCAGAGUGAAGGGAAAAUUGGGAUCUCUGAAGAAGCCACUUUGUAUUUAUGAGUAUUAAUGAGUAAGGCUGCUUGGAUGGCUUGCUUUUUAACACACACACACACCCGCUGCCCCAUCCUGUGGGUCAGUGGAGGCCACUUGGCCAGGGAAGACCAGCAAGGAAGCCAUGCAGCACUGUGUGGCACCGGUGGCCCUGCCAGCUAAGGACAACCAGCAAGGUAGCCAUGCAGUCCCCCAUGUGGUGGUGGUGGCCCUGCUGGCCAGGGAGAACUAGCAAGUAAGCUGCCCUCCCCAACGCCUGCUCUGCAAGCAACUGGACAGGACACAGGCUGAGGAGAUAACUGAAGUAGAGAAACCACCUGGUAUGUAUUCAUCAACUUUGCAAGCCUGGGGCUGGUAGUCUGAGCAACUCUUUGGAGGGUAACAAUGUGCAACACGGUGGUGAUUAUAUAUUACCUACUGUCCCAUCACUGUUUUGUUUAUUUUGUUUUAUUCCCCAUAAAAUUAAAAUGGGGGGGACCUAGGAGCCAGGGAUGUUGCCUAGUGCAAAGGCUCUGGGUUCAACCUAUUGCAACAAAACAAAAACAAACACCAAAAACUGGUCCUUCCAUGAAAAUGUAGCCAA